GCAACAGCGGCUCUUCGGCCAUGCAGCGCAAUAUGCUGCUCGUGGGUAGAGCCGCCAUGGCCUGUGCCGCUCUCAUACUCUUCACCAGCCUGCUUUCUAAGGGGGGGCAGAAGUCAUCGCUACUGGAGCAGAAGUCGGCGGGUGCAGAGUUCCAGGAGCUCUUCAUUGUACCAGAGGCAAACGUUCUCACUGGAGCAGGCCAGCGCCCCGUUUCUCACCAUGUGAAGAAGGGACCCAGUGCAGCAUCAACUUCGUCACAGCAUGCUGCUCAUGCUGUGAGCAAGGGGAGUGCACACAAGGCGGCACCUGCCCCCAAACCAGUUGCGAAACCAUGGACGAAAGCUCAGAUGCAGGUGGCUCAGAAUGUGAGGAAGGCGAUGAUGAGCCAGCACGAGUCCUUAGAGAAAGCUGCACGCGAUAGCGCAGAGAAACAGUACUGGAGCCGCAUCAAGGCUUCACUCGCUCAUGAGAGACAUAGACUGCGUGGGUUCAGGGGCAGGGAAGCCAUGUACCAAGCUAGGAAGGCUCUGCAGGAUGAAGAAGCUUCUGAUGCAGACCUUGCGAUCACCAAGACCAGACAGCAGAAACUUCGCAACAAGAUAGACGAGAUGUCGUCGGAGAAGGCAAGAUCCUUUCAUCCCCUUUCCGCGUGUGACACAUUAGAGCAGAGGCAGGAAGACGAGGACGCUUACCAUGCUAUCGAGAGCCAUAGGAUCGACUACACCAAGUGUGGAGAUGCAUGCAAGACUGCAAGUCGCAUCGUAGCGGGUGAGAUCGUUUGUUGA